UGAAUAAAUACUUCAAUUCCUGGCACAAAUACAUGAGUCCAGCACAGGAUAGUUAACAGCUAACUCUUAACUUGAGUUAUCUCACCUGCACUAUCAAAUGUCUGGUAGUGUGAAUGAUAGUAGAGAUAAAAGUUCAAUAAUGGACGGAGAAGAAAAAGAAGAAAGGAUUGUUGAUAUCUACAUCACUGCCGAGGCUGUAAGAGAUAUUAAACACAAGAAACAAACUGAGGAAUCUGAAACAACAACAAAAACAACAACCCAACAACCAGAACACAAAGGAAGUGAGUGUGCGAGGAACAGAUGUCACAGAUCAGUUCUUGUGUGUUUGGUGCUACUGUGUGUUCUUCUACUGACUGCAGUCAUAGUGUUGUGUGUCCUGAUCUACACAAACAAUCACCAGUUUCACAUCAACAACAAAAAGAUCACACAAGAGAGAGACCAACUACUAACCAAAUAUACCAACAUCACAGAAGAGAGAGACCAACUACUAACCAAAUAUACCAACAUCACAGAAGACAGAGACCAACUACUAACCAAAUAUACCAACAUCACAGAAGAGAGAGAUGAAUUAAAAGUCAAAUGCUAUAACGCCACUGAACUGUAUAAACAGAUAAAUUGGAAGACAAAUCUAAUCUGGACACACUUUAGUGAUGGAUGGAUUGAACAAGAAGUCCGUUUGUACUUAAUUUCAUCUGAACUGAAGAACUGGACUGAGAGCAGAAGUUACUGUAGAGACAGAGGAGCAGAUCUGAUCAUCAUUAACAACAAAGAGGAACAAGAUUUUGUUAAUAAUAUAACUUCUGGAGCACAACACUGGAUUGGUUUGUCUGACAGUGAUGUGGAGGGCACAUGGAAAUGGGUUGAUGGCAGCACACUGACCUCUGGAUUCUGGGAGGUUGGACAACCUGGUUAUCAUAGACUGGAGAACUGCGCUUUGUCUCAACCAGAGUGGCAUGAUUAUCCAUGUACUUCUUUUUUUAAAUCGAUUUGUGAGAAAAAGAUUUUUUAAAGAGUUGUUAGUGAGACACAUGUUUAUUGAGUAAAUUGUAAACACCAGGAUUUUCUAAUUGUUUUAGACAGUCUAUAUGAGCAGUUUACAAUGUGCUUAGUGAAUUAAGUCAAAUAUAAAGAAUAAUUUUUAGAGUUUAAUAUCUGUCAUAUUUCCAUAUUGUGCUUUUCAGUAAACUAAUUUGAUUGUUUUUAUUUGUGAGUGUGUUUAAUAUUGGGCAUUUUUGUAAGUAAAAUACUGAUUGUAGAUUAUUAUGUAUUACUGUAUUACAUUUUCCCUUUAAAGCUGCUUUAAAAUAAUGCAACAUCAUAAAAUGCACUAUAUAAAUAUACUUGAACUGAACCUUAAAUUUAAUCCUGUAAAAAGAAGAAACUACUGGCACAAAUGAAAAAGCAGCUGUUAAUCUGUGCUGUAAAUCUGUUUGUUGCAAAUACAAAACCACACAAUAAAAAAUAUUAUUUCC